ACCAGAGUUACUGCAAUUUAACUUGAAUUGAGAAAGCAGGUUUGUGUGAAGAAUUGGACCUUUUAGGAAGUGUUCCUGCACGGAGUGGUCCUAAUCUACAGUCUUUCCGUUUUACGGGGAAGAGCCGAGUUUGGAUUCCAUUAAUUUUUAAAAAAAAAAUCAUGACAACAGCACAGUUUCUACUCAACGUCCUCGAUGAACUGACCGAAAGUGACUUUCUCCGAUUCAAAUUCUAUCUUCAGGACAGCACAGAAUUUAAACCGAUAGCCAGUGGUCUGCUGGAGGGUAAAUCCCGUUUGGAAAUGGUUUUUCUACUCCAGAAACAUUAUGCCGAAGAGGCUCGGGACAUCAGCAGAAAGAUCCUCCUGAAAAUUCCCAGGCGCGACCUGGUGGAGAACAUGUAUGGACAGGGGGUCACGAGCGGCGCAGAGGGAAGGGCUGAAGCACAGAGGAAGAGGGAGACACCCGAGAGCCAUGGAUCUUCUGGAACUGUGUCCGAUCCUUUGGAGAAUGAAGUGCUUCUAUUGAAGAAAAAUAAAGUGAAGCCAAAGUUACUGACAGACAAAGAACUGAUGACAUUGGCCAAAAACAUGGGCCAUAAUUGGAAGCAAAUUGGAAUCCAAUUCCUGGACCUGCAAAGCUACGAAAUUGAGCAGUGUGAAGUACAGCACCGGACCGUAGUCCUGCAAAGCUUUGAAAUGUUCAAAUGCUGGAGGAACCGAGAAAAGGAGGGGGCAACUGCUCUCAAACUGCACUCCAUUCUCGCCAACAAGGACUGCCCCAUCAGCUCUGAACACUUCGAUUGUCUUCUUGACAAAAAUCAUUGAACAAAGACAAAGAGGGGAAUAUUUUCUGUAUUUUUUUUAAUUUAAAUGAUCUUAAUAAAAUUUGUACAUUUCAGAAGUUAAAAA